AUGGCGUUGUCGUCAAGCCACGAGUCCAACCAGAUUGCCAAUUUUAAUUACGAGUCUUACACCCUUCGACCCCUGCACGGUACAAUCGAAGUUACCACCCGGAGGGGGCGCGAGGUGAAAGCGGUCGACCUGGCGGCUAUUCAGCUGGCCUCGGUGGAUAUACGACACUUUCUCUCGGAGAUCGAUAUGGACAGAGCGGUCUUUGACAUCGUUCGACCGGCUGGCGACCUGUGGCCACUCCACCGCGUCCUCGUUAAUGGGACGCCGAAUAUCUGGCACUACCAGAUAGCCUAUAUGGAGAUCGACGCCGCCCGCCGCGCAUACACCCUUCUUAACGGUAAGCGAUACACUCCCCAGGUCGCCGGUGUAGCUGUGCACUUGCUGCGUGUCCAGCCCAGGCUAUUUGGGCGAGGCAUAUCUUGGAAAAGUCGACCUUGGGCAGAUGACCCUUUCGAAGGGCUGCACCCCAGACCUACCGAUACCGGUCUCGCGGCCAUACAGCGCGCAGCAGAACUGCAGACGCACUGUCGCGUAGAGACAGACCUCACCAUACCUUUCGGUCCGUUACCCAAGUAUCAGCCUUUCAGCGAGCCGCCCACUCCCGCUAGCGUCACUUAUGUCACGCAUCUUAAAUCGAAACGAGGUGAGGGCCAACAUGGAUAUGUAUAUGAGCAGCGGACGACGCGAGAUAGCCGUUCGCCUCGAGACGAGAAUCGGCGCUCCGCUUUACCUGAUUCUCGCCAGCGGUAUCGAUAUCAGCCACCGGAUAACAUAUCGAAGACCGCCGGAUCCCAGAAGACCAUACGGUCCCUGUCCGAUAUCGCUGGGAUGCCGUUCCUUCCCUCGGAAUGGUUGGUUAUGCCCAACAAUCCUCUGCUCUUAACCGCCGCAGAUUGA